AACGCGGUCGGGAGAGAGAGACAGAGAGGGAGUCGGAACAGUGACGCGGCGUGCUACGGAAGGUGUGCAGGCUGUGCAGUGGGUGUGAGGAUCGUCGCUCCACAGAACAAUCCCAGCGUGCGAUUACACCAGCACCACUGAACUGUGUAAAUACUGCCAGUAGGACGGCCGACCUUAUUCUUCCAGUCACUAUCAGAAUCAAUGGCGUUCUCAAGAUCUUCGUACUUUCCGAGGACGUCUAUCAACAGCUAUCGUUCGAGGUACUCGAACACGCCGGUGAUUGACCCCGAGCCGAGGAAGAGAAAUGCUCCGGAGAAGAAAUUACCCGUGAAACCGGAGGAAUCCAGCUCCGAGGAGGAAACAUCCUCUGAGGAAUCGGAGGAGAGCUCAUCAGAGGAAGAAACACAAACGAAAAAGGGGACAGAUCGGUCAGCGACCAAGGCAAAGAGCAGCUCCUCUGAAGAGGAGACAAGCAGUGAAGAAGAGGAAUCCAGUGAAGAAGAAGAGCAAGAGAAGAAAAAGCCAAACAACCACACCACCAAUCCUACCACUCCUCCUCAAACGAACGGCACCACCGCGUCUUCCUCCGGCGAGUCCUCCGACGACGAGGAGUCCUCAGAGGACUCCUCCUCUGGCUCAGGACACCGCGAGGCGGCUCCGGUCCGGCGCCGGCCGGGCACCGCCGAGAUGUCCGCCUCGGGAGAGGACCCGGUGCCCUGGCGGCGCCCGAAGCUGCGCCGCGUGGAGAGGAAGAGCAGCGUGGUGCGCCAGCCGUCCACCGAGCUUCCUGAGUGGGCGGAGGACGCCAAGAAGCGGCUCGGAGACGUGCCACUGCCGCUGCUGAAGCACCAGGACACCACUGAGAGGUCGCGCAUCGGGGAGGAAGGCGAUGAAGAUGGAGAGGAUGAUGAUGAAGACCAAGAGGAGUCAGUCUUCACUGACAAGGUGGACUGGAUGAGGGAGAAGAUGCUGAGAGACGCGGCCGGUAGGAAGCCGCCGCCGCCACCGCCGCCCCCGCCGCCGCCCCCGCCGCCAGCUCCUGCUGGUGAUGAGUCGGGGAGCUCUAGCGGAAGUGGCUCGGAAGAGGACAGUGAUGAGGAAGAGGAGGAAGAGGACGAGGGAGAUGAGCAAGAUUUCAGCAAGCUGAAACAAUUGGAGGACAAAUCGAAGCCCGUUGAGCCAGCACCGGAGGCCAAGGCGCCAUGGGAAUCCGUGAAGCUGGUGCCCCCUCCGCCCCCUCCGCCCCCUCCUCCUCCCCCGCCCCCUGGCAGACCGCCGCCACCGCCAGACAAGAAGCCUCUGAGCGAAUCUCAGCAGGAGCGUCUGGAGCGGCUGAAGAAGACUCCUCGCCGCCGACCCGACUGGAACGAAAUGAUGAAGGAGAUCACAUGUCCCGACCGGCAGCUGAAGAGGGUCGAGUGUCGCGACCGCAGCGCCCCCAUCAUCCACGACCUGAAACGACGAGGUAGUGAGUUUGUGUUUGAGUCUGAGAAAGCGAAGGAGUCGGCGGCGGCCAAGCUGAUGAACGACAUCCGCAGUGGAGUCAAACUGAAAAAGGUUCGCUGCAACGACAGAAGCCGGCCGAACCUGCAAGGACUGCGGAAGCUGCGGAGGCAGAGGACGUCGGAAGCGUUCCUGAACCUGCCUCCCGAGGAGCUGAUGGACUCCGAGCCGGAGGAUCAGGAUGACAUCGAUAGGGUGCGCGACGACCUCCAGUCUGUACGCCAGCUGCUGGGAGAAGAGGUCAAGAACCGGGAGCGUCUCACAAAGGAAAACAAACACCUGAGGAAUGAGCUGAAGAAGGCGCAAGAAGAGCUGCAGCAGAGACCUCGUGUCUCCGUUACACUUCCUCCCAAGCCGGACAGGUCCGAUGACGCUGUGGAUGGACUGGAUGACGACUUCGGCGCUCUGGAGGGUGAGAUGGAGGCUAUCCGAGACCAGGCUGGCCAGUCGAGCCGCGAGGCACAGCAGUGGCAGGAGCGCUGUCUCAACGCCGAGCAGGAGCUGGCUGCCCUGCGAGCUCGUCUCGAGGAGCUCGAGACGGGGAACAAGAAGAGCCGCAAAGUGUCGGUGGAGAACGGCGGCGGGGACGGAGAGCUGCGGCGUAACCGCUCGUCGGCCAAGGUCGCCCGCAGUCGGACCAGGGACAGGCUGUCCAAGACGGCGUCCCAGGCGCGCAUCAGCCGCGACGAGAGCGGCUGGAAGCAGGAGGCGCCGCUCGAGGACGAGGCGAAGGAGUCCUCCGGCGAGGAGUCGGACGAGGAGCUCGACAGCGAGGAGGAGCGACGGCGCGAUGCCGACCAGGAGCGGCGCAAGACGCUCCGGGAGCUGAAAAUGUGCCAGAGUAAGGUGUCGCACCUGCAGACGAAGGAGAAGCACGCCAAGGACGAGCGGAUGAACCUGAAGAACAGGAUCCGCACGCUGAACAUGAACAUGAAGGACGAGAACAGGAAGUACAAGGAACUGCAGAGGGAGGUGAAGAAGAUGGGCGCGAUGCUGAAGGACAGUGACGAUGAGGACGAGGACGAGGACGAUGAGGAGUCUGAUGAGGAAUCCAGCGAGGAGUCCGUCUCCGAGACAGAGUCUGAGAGCGAGGAGGAGUCGGAGUCGGAGGAGUCAGAGUCGAUUGACGAGGAGCUGCCGCUGGAGGAGCGGCUCAAAGCGACUCAAGAACGGGUGAAGCGCCACGAAGAGAGCGAGAAGGCAAUCAAGAAGGGCAACUACAUGCUGAAGACCACUGCCGAGCGGCUGUUUGACGAGCUUAGAAACGAGAAAGAAAAGUACCGUAUGCUUGAAAGACAGCUGAAUGACCUUGUAAAUGAGCUAGGGUAAUCAGAUUACAGGAUAUUAUAAACGGAUGGCUUGGGUUGAUGCGGGUGGGGGGAUUCUUGUAAAAUAGCGCUUUGUCAAAUACGCAAACGCGCCUUGGUGGUAUGCAACAUCAGAAUAUACUCUCAGUAUCUGUAAUUUUAACUUUGCAGCACAAUGUGGCAGUAGGUAUGCCUUCAUAUGCUGCGUGUCGUGGAGAAGUCAUGUAUAUGUUGCGGCUAGUCUUAUGUGGAUGUGCAAAUAAUGAUGAGGCAAGAUGUACUUGGUUAUGUAUUGUGUCAAUAAAUAAUAAAAGUUAAACC